CCAUAAAUCCUUAUUAAACAUUUUCCCUACCUUUCAACCUUUCCAUCCAUCCCUUUGCUCUCUAAAUAAAUGGAUAGCAAACCAUGCAUCUCCCAAGAUGUUGAAAUUAGGAAGGGGCCUUGGACUAUGGAAGAAGACUUGAUUCUCAUAAAUUAUAUUUCUAGUCAUGGUGAAGGUGUUUGGAACUCUCUAGCUCGAUCUGCUGGUCUGAAACGAACGGGGAAGAGUUGUCGGCUCCGGUGGCUGAACUACCUCCGACCAGACGUCCGGCGGGGAAAUAUAACGCCGGAAGAACAACUUUUGAUUAUGGAACUGCAUGCAAAGUGGGGAAAUAGGUGGGCGCAAAGUCAAAUUUUAAGGUGGUCGAAAAUAGCGAAACACUUGCCGGGAAGAACAGAUAAUGAGAUAAAGAAUUUCUGGAGGACUAGGAUCCAGAAGCACAUGAAGCACCAGCAGGACGGCGCCGCCGAAGAAGACCAGUGUAUGAUGAUGACGGAAGCCGGAGCGCCGCACCAACCGCCGCCGCAGCAAAGCUUCUCCUGCUACGACCACCAGCUGCGGCCGCAGAACAACAAUGACGAUACUGCAUGUACAAGCCAAGCUUCUGCGGGUACCAGCAGCUGCUGCAUGGAGUACUCCCCGAUGUCCUACACCGCCGCCGCCGCCAGCUGCUGUAGCAGCAUGGAUGCCGCCGCCGCCACUGCCUUCCAGCACGGAACAUUCCCCACCGAAUCCAACGACAACAUGUGGAGCAUGGAAGACCUGUGGAACAUGCAGCUCCUUAAUGGAGAUUAGUUAAUUAAUUUACUUCAUUCGGAUUAUAAUAUUAAUUGCAUGAAGCAUGGACAUUGAUCAUAAAGUCAUAAACCCUAGCUUAGCUUAGCUUACCUUAGCUUAGCUUAGCUAGCUAGCAUAUAUAAUCCGCCGUCCUAUGUACGUACGCAGCUAGUGGAGAAUCAGAAAAAGGACUCUGUCGAAACUUAACCUAAUACGGAAUAAAAAGGAUGGAUCGUUU